CAUGCCGGUUUUUUAAUAAACAUGUCGGAAAGUGGUUGUGCAUUGUGAACUUGUAAAAAUAAUCUAUUAUAUGUUACUUAUUUUUCAAUUUAAUACAAUCUUAGGUUAAACAUUUUGACACUUGUGUUGGUGAGGGUAAUGUACAAAUGGACGAAAUGUGGUAGAAGAGGAUUGAAGCUCUAACUACUUUUACGAAAACAGGCCAAAUCAACAUUUAGUUUUAGUAAGUUCGGAGCAUCUAACACGGAGUUUCAAUUAUUAUCAUAACACAAAUUGUACAUAUUCUGGAUGGGUUCCUUUGUCUUCUAUUGAUUGCGUUUUGGAAUACAUAUAGUUAUUAGGAUUGUCACAGUGGUUGGCCAAAAAAUUGUAAAUUAUCGGAUAACGCAAGCCCACAAGAUGGCCGACUGUUAUUCGUAAGAUAAUGUCUGGUGCGUCUGGUUCAUCAGGAAGUGGUACGGGACGUGGUAGAGGCAAUUCGAGCGGAGCAAUUGGGGAGAAUAAACCGGAAUCUAAGGAGAAUAAAACAAAUCCAAAAAUGUCGAAAGCACUUGGUACAUCUGCAAAAAGGAUUCAAAAGGAACUGGCUGAGAUAACUCUGGAUCCUCCACCAAAUUGCAGUGCUGGACCAAAAGGCGACAACCUGUACGAGUGGGUUUCUACAAUUCUUGGUCCACCUGGCUCAGUGUAUGAAGGUGGAGUCUUCUUUCUAGACAUUCAUUUUUCAGCAGAAUACCCUUUCAAACCCCCAAAGGUGACAUUCCGAACAAGGAUAUACCAUUGUAACAUCAACAGCCAGGGUGUGAUCUGUCUAGACAUCCUUAAAGACAACUGGUCACCGGCCUUGACUAUCUCAAAAGUUCUUCUGUCCAUAUGCUCGCUCUUGACUGAUUGUAAUCCAGCUGAUCCAUUAGUGGGUAGUAUUGCAACGCAGUACCUCCAAAACAGAGAAGAACACGAUCGUAUCGCGCGCCUCUGGACCAAGCGUUAUGCGACAUGAUUGCUCUACCAGUUACAUGGAAAAUUAUCAUACUCAAUACCACUCUGUUUUAACUCCAUCCUGUUCACGUUAAUAUAAGCUAACAUUAACCAUUUACUAGUAUGCAUGUUUUUCAAUAGUUUUGUCAAGACUUAUUUUCAUCCUGUAAGUAUUUGUUUUUAUAUAGAUAUUUCUAAAUAUUACGAAAGUCUAUAAUAUCUAAAAGUAACUAUUUACAUUUUGAAAAAUUGAAAAAAGUGCAUACUUUUAAAAUGGCUUCUCAAUAUUUAGUUGCAAUUAAUGUGAAUUUUUAACGCUUCGAAACGGUAUGACUAUUAUUUUAGGCGACGAGUUUUUUAGUUUUAAAUAUUAUCUUUUUUGUUGAUCCUAAUCGCUAGUCUUAUACGAAUAAAGCGAUAGGUUAUACGGAACAUAUAUCUACAUAGGCUUAAAAGUGAUUGGGUCAAUUUAUGCCACAAUUAUGUGUCGAUCUCAAACACUUGUACUAGUUAAGUAUUAUUCCCAAUUAUUUCAUGGGAAUUAAAAGCAUUCGACUAUUGCAGGGUGUACUGAUCGCUUUUGUAAUUGGUUGGUAUAGACACGUGAUUUGGAUGAUUAAUUAUAAGAUUAUUAAAUAACUACUCGACUGCCAAUUGUCUCCAGUUUAUAUCAAUCAAUCACUUUGUCGGUACAUAAUUAAACUAUUUAAUAGUUACUACUCAUAUGUCAAAGUACAUUGUUUCCAAAUAUUUGUCAAGUAUUUCAAGUUGUGGAUAUAUCCUUAAUUUGUUUUAACCAAUUAAUCGUUUUUAGUAUGCAAUCAUUACAUUUAUAGUGGCUGUGUCAGUGUGUGACAUAUAUUUUUUUUAAGUUUUCAUUAUUUAAAUUAUAAACAUUUGUAAUUUAAAGAGAAAAAAGUCACAGUAUUAAAAAUUGUCCCUACUAUGACUGUGCUUUGUUGUGAAAUUUAAAAUUGCUCUUAAUGACUAGCUUGUUUACGCUUGACAUUUUUUUAAUCCAAUAAAACAAGCCUCAGAUAAAAAAUGUCUAUAAUAAGUUUCUAAAUAAAAUAAUAAUCACAUUUUGUGAUGAACGGUAAACAAGAAAAAUCAUUUUUGAAUACAAUGUAUACAAAACCAAAACUGACUUCAUAAUUUGUUAAAUUUAGUCUGAUACAUAAGGUUUAUUUAUAAUGUAUUUUCUGAUACUUACAUUGAACAAAUUCUUUGAAAUAGGCUAGGAUAUAAAGAACAUCCUUAUAAUUGAUAUAGCAUUCAGAGAAAAUUUAUGAUACAGAAAGAGUUCAAAAAUAUUGCACUUUCUAUUAGUAAAGGUUAAAAAUUUGGUUCUAGUCGCCAUUUCUAAAAUCAAUAGUACUUAUGAAUACAAUUGCAAUCGAGUUUAUUUGAAAUCUGUAGUUCAAUAUUUAUGUAUAUAAAAUUAUAUUGUGAUUUAGUUAACUUCGUACCUAUUCGGUCCAUUAUAUAGAUAGUAAAUUUAAUAAAAUUUCUAAAUCGAUCGAAUUUCAAUUGUUUAUGCAUUAGGAGUGCAAUUAUUGUUCAGUUCUAUUAUGUAUCUUAUUAACAUCAUUGUGGCAUUUUUUUUAUGUACGUGAGUUAUUUUAUAUAUUUUAGACAUUCAUCAAGCGUAGUAUUUUAUUAUAUAAAACUUAUUUAUUCAAUGAAGAUCUAUAAAACAAUUUUUCCAUUGCAGUUUUUUUUUUAACUAUCAAAUAUUUCUAAAUUCAGCAGUGAUAUGUGAUGGCUAUCUUUUUUAUGAAAUCGACAUAUCAAAGUGAGUUGAAAUAACAGUUCGAAAUAUGUUCACAAUUGUAAUGGACUCCGUAUGUUUGAAUGUGUAACUAUUGCACUGGCGUGCCAAACCUUAACCAGGCAUUCUCUGCUUCCACUUCCGAUUAUAUAACGACUCGUCUAUCUAAAAUAUUCCGUUUAGUGUGUAAACAGUUAUUAGAAUGUAAGUUAUUUUAUUGUUUAGGUAAUGUAUGUCUUAACCCUAGUUUUAAAGUAUAAAAAAAAAACUUAGCCGUGUAAUUUUUAGCGAAGUGUAU